AGUCCCGGGUCGCCCCUCUGGAGGGGCGGGCGGCGGGCGCGGGGCUCGCCCGGCUCAGUCUCGGCCCAUCCGGCCCAUCCGGCCCCGCUCAGGUGCGACGCCUUGGCGGGGACCGCGCAAACUUCCUGCCUGGGCACACUGUGAGCGCCUGCAGGGGCUGCGCUCUUCGGGAAGCGAGCAGUGACCGAGCCGAGCGGGCACUGCCGGCGCUCGGCGCCCCCGGUGCUCCGCCGUGUGGGGAAGGAGCCCGCGAAGCGGCCGCACCGUGCCCUGCCCGCCCCGAGUGACGGCGGGGCCUCCUCUUCCUCCGGCGGGUACCUGGCCGCGCCGUGCCGGUCCCCGCGGGCUGCCCGGGCCAUGGGGCGCACAGGGGCGCUGCUGCUGCUGCUCCUCUGGCUGGGCGCGGAGCUGGCGAGUGCGGGUGGAAAGAAGUCCUACAUUGGGCCAUGUGGGGGCCGCAAUUGCAGUGCUGGAUGCAAAUGUUUUCCGGAGAAGGGUGCACGGGGUCGACCAGGACCAAUUGGGCUUCAAGGACCGAUAGGAGCACCUGGAUUUACUGGCCCAGAAGGUUUGCCUGGAGCCAAAGGUGAGAGAGGAGCAGUGGGCCCUCCUGGACCAGCUGGACAGAAAGGUGACAAGGGUCCAAUGGGAGUUCCAGGAUUCCAGGGCAUCAACGGGAUCCCAGGUCACCCUGGGCAGUCUGGACCCAGAGGCCCUCCUGGCCUCGAUGGCUGCAAUGGCACCACUGGGAGUCCUGGCAUUUCUGGACCUGAUGGGUUUCCUGGCCCACCUGGACUGCCUGGUCGUCCUGGCCCAAAAGGCCUUAAAGGAGAACCUGUUUUUGCUCAAGGCAGUCUUAAAGGAAUGAAGGGUGAAAAUGGUCUUCCUGGACUGGAUGGAGUUCCUGGCCCAAAAGGUUUUCCAGGUCCAACAGGUUCUGCAGGCCCUAUAGGAUUUCCGGGUGUGCAGGGUCCAGUGGGUCUUCCUGGGCAACCAGGUCCCAAAGGUAACAUGGGAUUAGGCUUUCAAGGAGAGAAAGGAGAAAAGGGUGAUGUAGGGCUGCCUGGGCUUCCAGGUCCCCCACCAUCCACUGGAAUUCUGGAAUUUAUGGGAUUUCCAAAGGGGAAGCAAGGAGAAAAGGGAGAGCCAGGUCCUCGAGGAUUCCCUGGAGACCAAGGAUUGCCUGGCAUCCCGGGCUUUGGAGGUGUUGGAGAAAAAGGAGAAAAAGGUGUGCCUGGCUUACCAGGUGGCAGGGGUCUUUUGGGACUAGAUGGAUCUGAAGGAAUUCCAGGGAGAAAGGGCCACCCAGGUGUUCCAGGCUAUCCAGGACUGGAUGGAGUAGAAGGCAUGAAGGGUGAAUUAGGUGACAUCGGUCCCCCAGGUCCUCCUGUCAUUAUUGACAGGGAAGGUGUAGUCAUUUCAGGUGCCCCAGGUGACCCUGGAAACCCAGGAAUACCUGGUCCUCCAGGAGAUGAAGGGAUUGUUGGUUUACCAGGCCUUCCAGGGGCUCCAGGGUUUCCAGGCCUGGAGAGAGAUGGAAUGGGCCCUGGAGGGUCUCCAGGUAUUCCAGGAGUGAAGGGUGAAGUUGGAGAACCAGGAAGAGCAACAAUUGGAAUACCAGGCCCUCCUGGCAGAGGUGGUUUGCCAGGUCUGCCAGGGGCAGCAGGAUUGCCUGGUUCACCACGCCCUUCAUUCUCCCCAGGGAUAAUCCUGAGUGGAAGAACUGGGGUCCCAGGGGAGCCUGGGCCAAGAGGGCUGCCAGGAGCUUUGGGUCCAAAGGGCUACAAAGGAGAGGCAGGUGAUUGUGCUUGUGAUGGAGGAGUUACAAGAGCAGGCCUAAAAGGCAUCUCAGGCCCACCAGGUCCAUCAGGAAGCCCUGGUGUGCCUGGUGCCAAGGGCAUUGGUGGGGACCCAGGCUCUGUGGGAGCACCAGGACUGCGAGGCCCUCCGGCUUCAGCUGGUCAGCAAGGACUUCCAGGCCUUAAGGGAGAAAAAGGGGAUCCAUCCUAUGCCACAGUCAAAGGUGCCCGUGGGGACCGCGGUGCGACAGCACCCCAAGGACCUUCAGGCAUCCCAGGAGCUCCGGGCAGGGAUGGACUUCCAGGCUUGCCAGGCCCACCAGGCCCUCCAGGUGAUGGUGGGCUGGGUUUCCCAGGUGAAAAGGGUCUGCCAGGAUUGCCUGGCUCCAAGGGCCAUCGAGGAGAGCCUGGUUCUCCUGGUGUUGGAUACCCAGGCCCUAGUGGAGUUCGUGGACCACCAGGUGACAGUGGAAUGGAUGGUUUUCCAGGACAAGCAGGUCUUCCAGGCCCUCCAGGUAUCACCUUGCCCUGCAUAGUUCCUGGAGCUUAUGGGCCCCCAGGGACUCCCGGCUUUCCAGGACUGCCAGGACCCAAAGGCAGCAAAGGCUUUUCUGGCAUUCCAGGCCAACCUGGGUUACAUGGGUCUAAAGGAGAGCCAGGGUCUCCAGGAAUAAUAGGCUUGCAAGGGGAACCUGGCUUCCCUGGGCCUCGAGGAGAGCAAGGCUCACAAGGACUUCCAGGACUGGAUGGAACAGAUGGUUUACCUGGGAAAAUGGGUGCUCCAGGCUUAGCUGGAAUAAAAGGAGCACUUGGAGAUGUGUUUGGUGCUGAGAGUGGAGCUGUGGGAGAGCGUGGCCGACCUGGACUUCCAGGUGAUAAAGGGCUUACAGGUGAUAUUGGAUUUCCAGGACCAAAAGGGCUGGAUGGAAGACCAGGCCUCCUGGGUGUUAAAGGUGCACAGGGUCAGCCAGGAUAUUCCGGUGUCCCUGGACUGCGGGGUCCUCCUGGCCCUGGAGGCCCUUUUGGCAUUAAGGGAAAACCAGGACCCUUGGGGUCAGCUGGCCUGGCAGGAGCACCAGGACCUCCUGGAGUCAAAGGUGUGGCUGGGGAUGUAGGACCACAAGGCCCUGCUGGCAUGAAAGGCUUCCCAGGUCUUGAUGGUGCUCCAGGAUCUCCUGGGGAAAGAGGAUUCGUAGGGCCACCUGGGCCCUUUGGUCAGGAUGGACAUCCAGGUUUCUCUGGGCCAAAAGGUGAGAAGGGCUCUUCUGGCCUGCUUGGUUUCCCUGGUAUGCCAGGACUGCCUGGUGUCCCUGGAGUGAAUGGGUUUAAAGGAGCUCCUGGCACAGCUGGAGGAAAAGGAAGUCCAGGAGCUGUGGGACUUCAAGGUCAAAAAGGUGACAGAGGUGAUAUAGGUCCACCAGGUCUUCCUGUUCUUGGGACUUCGGAACAGGCACUGCAAAUCAAAGGAGACAAAGGAGAUCCUGGAUUAGCUGGACUCGGAGGAUUCCCAGGACCCAGAGGUGAUAAAGGAAUGCCAGGAAGCCGUGGGCAGCCUGGUCUCCCUGGUCCAGUUGGGUCACCAAGCAAAGAGAGAGGUCCUCAUGGUGACCCAGGCUUCCCUGGCCCACCUGGACAACCUGGCCUGCCAGGACAGAAGGGUACACAUGGUAUCAUGGGAUUUCCAGGAAUGCCAGGAGAGAGGGGUUCAGAUGGCACCACAGGAACACUUGGAUUCCCAGGACCUAUUGGCCUUCCUGGUCCAAAGGGUGAACAGGGAGAGUCUGUUGGUGUUCCUGGCACUGCUGGUCCAAAAGGAGAGAGAGGAGACCCAGGGUUUCCAGGGGAGAGAGGGAGAGAAGGACUCAAGGGUGAACCAGGCUAUCCAGGAAACACUGGGGUGAAUGGGCCCAAAGGCAGCCCAGGAGAUCUUGGCCAGGAAGGACCAGCAGGAAUCUCUGGAAAUGCUGGGCUGAGAGGAGCCCCAGGCCCACCAGGACCCCCAGGACAGCCAGGACCUGUCGGAUUCCCUGGAGCUCGUGGAACAAUGGGACCUAAAGGCUUUCAUGGAUUUCCAGGUUUAAAUGGUCUGAAUGGCUUGCCAGGCACAAAAGGCUCUCCUGGAACGCCAGGUCUGAGUGAAGCUGGACUGAAAGGACCUGCAGGUCUCCCAGGUCCAAAGGGUGAAGAAGGCUCUCCAGGCUUGGGAAGAGGAGCUGCAGGAUUCCCUGGACCAAAAGGCUCAGCAGGAGACGUGGGUCUCCCUGGUCCUAUGGGACGGCCUGGCCUGCCAGGAACACCAGGAGUUUCUCUUCCAUCUGAUAUAAGGGGCAGACCUGGAGAUGCUGGUGUUCCAGGCACUGAUGGCAGUUCAGGUUUUCCAGGUGCUCCAGGACCACGAGGGCCCCCUGGCCCAGCUUCUGACCAAGGGGACACAGGCACUCCAGGUUUCCCUGGUGUUCUUGGCUUGAGAGGCAUUAAGGGCGACGUGGGACCCACUGGUCCAAUUGGACUCCCUGGAGCAUCUGGACUGAAAGGUGCACGAGGUGAGCCUGGCCUGAUGGGGAUGCCAGGUAAAGAUGGGCCUCCAGGGGAUCCUGGUUAUGCUGGACUGAAAGGUGAAAUGGGCCCUCAAGGUCUCCCUGGCAGACCAGGGGCUCCAGGAAUAACCCCACAGCCAGAAGAAGUCACAGCCCCUCCUGGAUUACCUGGUCUGCCAGGAAUUGAUGGUGUUCCUGGCUUUGAGGGAGACCCUGGAUUCCAUGGCCCAGCUGGAAAACCAGGCCCAAAAGGUUUGCCAGGAAGAUCUGGUUUGAAAGGACGUGAUGGCUUACCUGGAACCCCUGGCAUAGCUGGGGACCCAGGACUUCCAGGUGCCCCAGGACUACAGGGAUUUCAAGGUGCUGUUGGGAAGCCGGGUCCCCCUGGGCUGCCGGGCAUGCCGGGCCGCAGCGUGGGCGUUGGCUACACGCUGGUGAAGCACAGCCAGUCCGAGCAGGUCCCGCCCUGCCCCAUCGGCAUGAACAAGCUCUGGGAUGGAUACAGCCUCUUGUACGUGGAGGGCCAGGAGAAGGCCCACAACCAGGACCUCGGCUUUGCUGGCUCAUGUUUGCCUCGCUUCAGCACCAUGCCUUUCAUUUACUGCAACAUCAAUGAGGUGUGCUACUACGCCAGCCGAAACGACAAGUCCUACUGGCUCUCCACCACUGCUCCCAUCCCCAUGAUGCCCGUGGACAGCGUCCAGAUCCCACAGUACAUCAGCAGGUGCUCUGUGUGUGAGGCACCUUCCCAGGCUGUGGCUGUGCACAGCCAGGACAUCACCAUCCCACAGUGUCCCCUGGGCUGGCGCAGCCUGUGGAUAGGAUACUCCUUCCUUAUGCACACUGCAGCGGGGGCAGAGGGCGGAGGCCAGUCCCUGGUCUCACCUGGCUCCUGCCUGGAGGAUUUCCGAGCCACUCCUUUCAUCGAGUGCAACGGUGCUCGGGGCACGUGCCACUACUUUGCCAACAAGUACAGCUUCUGGCUGACCACGGUGGAGCAGGAGCAGCAGUUUGUCAGCGCUCCCCCCUCAGAGACUCUCAAGGCGGGGCAGCUUCGGACUCGCGUCAGCCGCUGCCAGGUGUGCAUGAAGAACUUGUAACAGAAUUGCAGUUAUGGGAACAGUCUUUGUUACCCCACCUUAGACAUCACUGACUGGAGAAGGGUAAAUUCACAAACCUCUUUUGUGUGUGUUUGAUGGGUAAAUCAAGACAGCUAGAACUCUACAGAAAUCAAGUUUCAAGUCCAGGAAUUUGUGCGCAGAGGAGGGAAAGAUCAGUGUUCUGAAGCGAUUUUUUAAUGGAACAUGGUGCUAUGUUUUUACUUGGAUGUUUUUUUCCCCUCUUUUAUGGCUACCUCAGAAAGUCUCAGUGAGUUCCUUACUCAGACUGAAGAGCAGCUGACACCUUGUACCACUCCUCUGUCCAAGGCACAUCCAGUCAUCACCCAGAGAGACUUUGCCAAAGCUAGGCUGAGUUAGUGCCUUUGCACACAGUAUUUGGUCUAGUGUAAGGGAGUGGAGACUCAUUCUCCUGUGAAACACAGAACCAGCUAAAAUUUAUCAGGGUAUGCUGGGUGACUUGGAAACACAAUGCACUAAUGGUUGAUAAUGGAUUUUCUUAGAAAAAUUAAGAAAUGAAUUAUUUGCUUUGCUUAUUACACAGAUGGAACAUUCUUUCCUCCAGUGACAGGUAACCAGUUCUAAUCCAGCCUGCUAUCCACAGCCUACCUUAAUGCAAUUUUUCAUGUGAAGAUAAAUCCAAAACACCUCUACUAUUUUUCUUUGCUUUCUGUUGAAAUAUAUUCCAGGUCUGUUGGCUUCAAGGUCUGUGCUUAUCUCCUUGCAGCCACUGAUAUACAGCCAUACUUUAUUAGCCAACAUUUAUUACUAUGAACAUAAAUUUCCUUCCUGAGGCAGCUUUGGCACACUUAUUUUCAAGCUUAUUAUUUAAGCUGUGUGUGUUUGAAAAGUAGAGCCUUCACUAGAUGGCAUGCAAGCUUAUGCAGAUACAGGAGUAAGCAGCUAUGGGAUGUACAUUUUUUACUCCUGCAGUCACCGUGUGUUGUAUCCUGCUUCCUCUGGGCUUUAUUGCUGUAAGUUUAAAAAUUUGUAUCUCUACUGUCUGCACUGUUAACUUUCCUUCAGGGUGUAAUUAAAGAGAAGUGCCACUAAUUGGAUUUUCCUUGUAUAUUUUAGGGGAAAGCCAUGACAAAGGUAUGGUUAUGCCUAUAAUGAAUUCAUUCAGUAGGACUAAAGUUAUUACCUUUAACCUCUCUGGAGUGAAGGGUGUGAAAUCCUUGUCUAUUGACAUCCCAGGACAUUUCAAAGGAGUGCCUUGCAAAUGCACUGUCACCUUGGCUUAAAAAUCUUUAGGAUAAAAUUAUUCAGAAAAUUCUUAUUAAUGCAUGACUAAGACAUUAUUUUAAGCAGAUAAUAAUCACUAAAGAUGAAAGUAUUAUUUGCAUAACACAUUAUCAUCUUCACAGAUGGAGAUCAGAGCUCUCCAAGUCUUAGAGUUAAACCACACUAGAGAUGAACAAGGAAGUUGAGGAACAAUGUUGUCUUUCACUUAUUCCUAAUUGUGAAAGAUCAGCAACUGCUCUGGAUGUAUUUUGCAAGUAUCUUUAAGGCAUUUUAACACUGCUGAGCAGCAGUCCUUUCCUCCACUCUAGUUCCUCGCUGUCCUGGCACAGAGCAUGUGGGAUUUACAUCCUGGGUUAUGCACAUGCAACUUUACAACACUUGUGUGCACAGAGCAAAGCUCAAGACUUCUGAAAAAUAACACAGGUAACUGACAAAGUACAAGGAAAUUUUCAUCCACUGGCUUCCCAUGGUGCUACAAAGAAUCUGGUUGGUCAGGUCUUUUAUCUGCAGGGACUUGGCUUUAUUUUUGGACAUGCAAACACAAUUCAUUUAUUCCCCAGGACUAGAGCUUUAUGCAUUUUUAGCAGCACUGCCUUUAGAGAGCUGCUUCUCUCAAAGUAACCAGCAGCUCCCCUGCUGUCCCUGUCCAAGCUUCCAUCCACUCCCAUCAGCCACUCCCUGGCAGGUGCAGGGAGCAGGAAUUCCAAUCACCUGUUCUGCCAUCAGCCCCAUUUCCAUCCAUCUGUUUACCCCAACCCAGAAUCCUUCAAGAGCUCUGCAAGGUUCAGGCUUCUCUCUGAAGAGGCUGAGGGUGGCUUGGGGAAUGAGCACCUGGUACUUCACUGAGGGUCUUUUAAUUAUUUUUAGCAGGUACUGCUUGAGACUGAGCAUUUCAGAGCAAGGGCUCAUUUUAAUUUUUUGUCUGUGGGGAGGAGAGGGCUGCAACUGAUGUCAUAAGCACAGUAACUUCAUGUAUUAAUGAAAAGGAAAUACUUUGUUUAAAAAAAAUCCCACAAAACCUGUGCAGCUACUCCAUGGAGAGGGGAAGAAAAUGGUAUUUUUUCUAUAUGUAUAAUUUCCAAACCAUGGCUAAUAAACAUUGAAGGCAAACAAGAUGAACUGUGCCCAGGUCAUGACUGUUUUCUUGGAAAUCACCCUGGCCCUGACCCAGAAGUGCAAGUGAGAGGAGACAGCAUUCAGGAUUUCUCUACAUGGUCAUUUAUUACUGAAGAUGAAAGUGUGUGACUCACGUGCAGUAC